AUGCCGAUUGAUCGCCUUCCCUCAUUCCAAGAGGUCCUCGCACGGAAGACUAGACCGCCAGUGGACCUAUUUAUGUUCUAUCUUUUCCUGCAGCGAGAACAGGCCGAAGACGUGCUAGACUUUUGGUUGGAUGUUCAGCAACACGAGAACUUGUGUCGCGCUUAUUUUCGAGACGUGAGGAAGUCCGGCAAGUCCAUCAAGGAGGAUUGGCCGCAGUAUUGGGAUUAUGCCAGAAGCAGAGGCAGCAUCUACGGGAAUGUUGUCGGCGUUCACAGUGGCAAACGCAGUACAGCUAGUACAGCCAACAUCACUGAUGCUGAGAAGGCGGGCAUCGUUUCCGGCUCACGAGCUGCCUCUCCCCGCCCUGCAACUCCACAUGGCCCAAACCCAUUUGACUCGCAACACCUCGGAGAGGACGCGCCGCACCGAUCCACUACACCAUUCUCAUUCAGACGCGCGUCUGCGAUGAACAAGCGGGCAUCUCGCGCCCCUACCGUUAUUCCCCGCGAUACCGCUAUUACCCGUAUGGACCUCAUCAGUUCGGCGGAACGCAUCUACGCUCGUUAUCUGAUGCCUGGUACGGAGAAGGAGAUUUAUUUGCCGUCAACAUUACGGGUCCAUUCUUUCCCGCUCAACUCACGGGAGCUUCCUCGGCCAACCUCUCCCGACUACGAUAUCGAAAGCUCAGCCCUGGCGCAGGUUCCAGAUAUGUUCCAUAUCCAGAAGGAAUAUGUUUUCAGAACCAUGGAACAAGAUGCCUUCCCUCGCUUCCUCCGUGCCAAGGCGUUCGCAAACCUGACUCCUGUGAGUGCUUUCGUGAGACUCUGCGGGGGAAUGUUCUGUCUUUGGGCCGCUUUGUCUACUGCGUACACCCUGAUCUUUCUCGACAUUCAACCAAAAAGCAGGCGUUUCUUCCUUUUCAUCCCGUUCGCCUUUGCGGCCCUGUUCCUGAUUUCCUAUCAAUAUGAGCUUGAUCCCAUCCUCGUAUUUUUCGGGCAGUCUGAGACUACACCUUUCAGACUCAUUCGCAUUCGGGAGCCGUAUGUCAAGAAACUCUUGUUCGGGCGAGCUCUGUGGGUCUCUCUGACGAUCGUGGUAAUAUUCACUGUCCUUACCAUCAUUUUCUGGGCUGUGCCCGGCCAUCGUUUGUAA